GACGUUGUCUUAAAAGACUUUUAAAGACUAUUAUUAUAAAAUUAAACAAUUAUUUUUGAAAAUGAUAAUAAGUUAAUUAGUGAUCUGUUUUGCCAACUGUUGAAAUUUUGUGCAGUAAUAAAAGCUAAACAAUAACACACAGUAAGCAGUGUACUCUUUUGAAUGUGUGUAUAUAAUAGAAUGUGUAGUAUUCAGUGUACUCACAAGUUUACUCGUGAGAGAAGAAGUGACAGUUCUACAUAGCCAGUUACGAUUAGAAGACAAAGCAAACGAUUACGUUAAUGUGAUCAUUGCAGUGGCAGUGAGUCAUCGUUAAAGUUUGAGAACAUUGUAAUAUUUGUUUUUAAUUGUAAUAUGGAAGUUCUUGAUCCAACCGUUUCGAGAGAUGAAUUACCACUUUGCGUCGAUUAUUUGGAGAAAGAUGACUUAGAACAGAAUCCAUCUGAUACUAAAUCAUGUAUAAAAGCACGCUAUACCCUAGGUUUCCUAGGUUUUUUAGGCUUUGCUCUUGUAUAUGCAAUGAGAGUGAAUUUAUCUGUUGCUAUUGUUUCAAUGGUCAAUCAGACAGCUAUACCUAAUACGGAUGAUGAUAAUGAUACUGAUGUUUGUCCUAAAGUGAAUCCUAUAAAUGGAACGUUUAUACCAAGUGCAGGAGAAUUCAAUUGGGAUGAAAAAACUCAAGGUGUUAUAUUAGGAGCAUUUUUUCUUGGCUAUGUAACAACAAAUGUACCAGGAGGUAGAAUGGCUGAAAAAGUUGGUGGGAAAUUAGUAUAUGGAUUAGGAGUCUUUUUGACUGCUGUAUUGACCGUAAUUAGUCCCUUUGCAGCAUAUUGGGGCUUGGUACCAUUCCUUGUAGUGAGAAUUGCAGAAGGUUUUACAGAGGGUGUUACUUUUCCUGCAAUGCAUUCUAUGCUUGCACAUUGGGUUCCACCAUUAGAAAGAAGUAAAUUUGCAGCAAUUGUGUAUGCAGGUUCAAAUUUUGGAACAGUUAUAUCACUACCUCUAAGUGGAUGGCUGUGUUCAUUGGAAUUAUGGGGUGGCUGGCCACUCGCAUUUUAUUUGUUUGGAGGUUUAGGUGUUAUUUGGUAUGCAUUUUGGUUGAUCUUUAUUUAUGAUACACCUGCCCAGCAUGUAAGAAUUGAUCUACAGGAAAGAGCGUACAUUGAAGCCAGUGUUGAAAAAAAAGAUGAGACUGAUGAUCCUGAUGUACCCUGGUUAUCAAUUUUUACAUCUCUGCCUAUGUGGGCUAUAACUAUAACGCAAUGCGGUCAAUCCUGGGCAUUUUACACACUGUUAACAGAACUUCCUUCAUAUAUGGAUAAAAUUUUGCAUUUUGAUGUACAACAAGAUGCAUAUCUUUCUGCAUUACCAUAUCUAAGUGCUUGGUUGGUUGGACUACUAGUAUCGAGUUUUGCAGAUGCUCUUCUUGCUCGACAAAUCUUAUCUCCUUUGACUUCAUUCAAAUUAUGGAAUACAGUGGCUUCUGCUGGCCCCAGUCUUAGCUUUUUAGGUGCUAUUUGGGCUGGAUGUGAUAGCAUGACUGUUAUGAUAAUGCUUGCCGGAUUAGGUUCAUUACAAGGUGCAGUGUAUGCUGGAAAUCAAAUGAAUCACAUCGCAUUAGCACCACGAUAUGCUGGUACUCUUUAUGGACUUACCAAUGCAGCAGCUAAUGUUUGCGGAUUUUUGGCACCAUAUGCCAUUGGUAGAUUAGUCCAAGGACAUGAAACUUUAGCACGUUGGCAUACAGUUUUCUGGAUGGCAGCUGGAAUAAAUAUGAUAGCUAAUUGUUUCUAUUUAAUUUUUGCAUCUGCUAGUGAACAAUCAUGGAGCAAUGGUAAUAGUAGAUGAUGAUAAAAUUUUCUUAUACAUUCAAUAUUUAAUAUAGGAAAUUACAUAUCGUUUGAUCAAGUUUCACUUAUAUUAGUAUAAUUUUAAUUUAUCAUGACAAAUGUAGGAAAUGAAUAUGGAAGAAUUAUCAAUUUUAAGUAGAGAGAUAAAUAAGAACUUUUGUUCUCUUCAUUCCAUUGCGAUUACUUUAUCUCAGGCUUUGUAUUUAAACAAAAGAAAAAAA